UUAAAAAAGAUUUAUUUAUUUAAUGUAUGUGAGUACACUGUAGCUGUUUUCAGACACACCAGAAGAGGAUCUCAUUACAGAUGACUGUGAGCCACCAUGUGGUUGCUGGGAAUUGAACUCAGGACCUCUGGAAGAGCAGUCAGUGCUCUUAACCACUGAGCCAUUUCUCCUGCCUUCCCCCUACCCUUUUGAAAUAAAGACUGAAUGGUUUAAUAAAUUUAACCCACUAAUAAACUGGUUUCCAGUCUUUUUUUUUUGGUUCUUUUUUUCGGAGCUGGGAACCGAACCCAGGGCCUUGCGCUUCCUAGGUAAGCGCUCUACCACUGAGCUAAAUCCCCAGCCCUGGUUUCCAGUCUUAUAUCUCCCUGCAUUUGAUUUUAUUUGUGCAGGAUGUGUGUGUGUGGUCUCUGUGUAUAAGUGUGUGUGUGUGUGGGGGGGUCUCUGUAUAUGUGUGUUUGGUCUCUGUGUAUAUAUGUGUGUGUGUCUGUGUCCGUGUGUUUGUGUGUCUGUGUGUGUGGUCUCUGUGUAUAUAUGUGUGUGUGUCUGUGUGUGUGUGUCUGUGUGUGUGUCUGUGUGUGUAUGUGUGUGUGUGUCUUUGUGAGUAUAUGUGAUCAUAUUUAUGUAGGAGUCCAUGAAGCAGAAGCAGGUACCAGACCUCAUGGAACUGGAGUUACAGGGGGCUGUGAGUGCUGAUGUGUGAGUUCUGGGAACUGAACCUGGGUCCUCUUAACAGCUGAGUCUUGUUCCAGCCCUUGUAAUACUUCUUGCCUCACACUUCUUUGAAGGCAGUAUGUUUCCAGACCAUUCCAUCUCAGAUAAGGGAAGUGAGGGUCACAGACAGACUGAGAGUAGGGUUAAGAUGGAGGGAAAAUACUCAGCAGAUGAGAUUUUCCAUUCUGUCCAGGCAUGGCACAUGGCUAUAAUCCCAGCACCACAGAGACUGACAUGGAAGUCACCUGUGAGUCAAGGCCAGUUUGGGCUCCACAGAGACACUCAGUCUCAAAACAACAACAAAACGCCCUCCUUUCCUCCUCUUCCGGGCUGCUCUCUCGAGUUCCUGUGUGGCAGGGUGAGGUAUUCCAAGGAAUUAGAAGUGGGAGAGAGGCCUGGAAAUAGGGCUGGCCAUUCCACUUUCCUAGUUGUGUGUUUUGGGGGGCCGCUGGGGGAAGGGAGGACCAACCACAGGGCCAGUAAUCCGCGUCAGCCCUCUCAUUCCGAGAAUGGGGUGGAUCUCUUAAAGGCGCUCCAUCCCCACCCCACCCCCGCGCGCACCCCGCUCCCUCCACACCUCCAGGGGCAGUGAGCCACUCAAGUCUAAAGCAGAGCGAGUCCCAGGACUUGAGCGCGGGAAGCGAAUGGAGUCAGGGUCAUUCGAUUGCACCUCUCUCGGCUGCGGGCCGGAGCGGGGUACCAUCCUACACUCUGGGUGCUCCCUCCUCCUCCCGUCCCCCGCGCACCCCUGCCCUGGCUCCUGGAGCUCGGCAGUCUCGCUGGGGCGCUGCAGCGAGGGAGCAGCGUGCUCACCAAGACCCGGACAGCUGCGGGAGCGGCGUCCACUUUGGUGAUACCAUGAAUGGCUCCGGCAGCCAGGGCGCGGAGAACACGAGCCAGGAAGGCGGUAGCGGCGGCUGGCAGCCUGAGGCGGUCCUUGUACCCCUAUUUUUCGCGCUCAUCUUCCUCGUGGGCACCGUGGGCAACGCGCUGGUGCUGGCGGUGCUGCUGCGCGGCGGCCAGGCGGUCAGCACCACCAACCUGUUCAUCCUCAACCUGGGCGUGGCCGACCUGUGUUUCAUCCUGUGCUGCGUGCCUUUCCAGGCCACCAUCUACACCCUGGACGACUGGGUGUUCGGCUCGCUGCUCUGCAAGGCUGUUCAUUUCCUCAUCUUUCUCACUAUGCACGCCAGCAGCUUCACGCUGGCCGCCGUCUCCCUGGACAGGUGAGUGAACAUCGGAGAACUAUUGUAUCUGAGAUAGGGGCUUGGGCUGGAGUCACUACACAGGGGAUCCAGAAGGCAUGAGCAGAAUGGGCGAGAACACUGAAAUUACAAAGUGGCCUGAGGCCGUGAAACGCAAGGGGGAGGGAGAUUAAGACUCAGUGACUGAGAGUGUCUAAGUCGAUGGGAGAAAUCGGGUCUCUGGGGUCCUCGCAUUAUUACUGCUUGAGUUAAAUGUCUCUGUGAAACAUUGCAGUUCUCAGGCCAGAGUUGGCAGGAAAAGUAACUCGCCAGUGUUCAGAUGCUGUUUGAGAGCUGCAGAGAAGCAUCUGCUUCUUAGCACCAAGCUCAGCACCUGGGGCGUUGUCCGGCGCCUUAGGCUUAGGACUGGGCUGUGCUGUGUUAAGACCCAUGCUCAAGUCCAACGGAGUGUAAGCGAGGGCUCCUAGCUGACACCCAGAGCCCUCCAGGCCAAGGCUCCCCUCACCGAGAUGCCAGCGGUUUUAUGCUCCUUCCAUAGGUAAAGGACCCAGAAAGAAACAUCCAGUAUGCCCGGAGGGAUCUUGACUGGAAAAGACUGAAUCCUGGUCUGGUGACCUUAGUUCCCUGCCCUUUCACAUCACUUGGACAUUCCCACAGAAGAGCGGUGAAGAGGCGGUGGUCCUUAUUCUCCUCUGGUUUCCACUGAGUGCAACAUGUAUCUGGCCAUCCGCUACCCGCUGCACUCCCGAGAGUUGCGCACACCUCGAAACGCGCUGGCCGCCAUCGGGCUCAUCUGGGGGCUAGCACUGCUCUUCUCCGGGCCCUACCUGAGCUACUACCGUCAGUCGCAGCUGGCCAACCUGACAGUAUGCCACCCAGCAUGGAGCGCACCUCGACGUCGAGCCAUGGACCUCUGCACCUUCGUCUUUAGCUACCUGCUGCCAGUGCUAGUCCUCAGUCUGACCUAUGCGCGUACCCUGCGCUACCUCUGGCGCACAGUCGACCCGGUGACUGCAGGCUCAGGUUCCCAGCGCGCCAAACGCAAGGUGACACGGAUGAUCAUCAUCGUGGCGGUGCUUUUCUGCCUCUGUUGGAUGCCCCACCACGCGCUUAUCCUCUGCGUGUGGUUUGGUCGCUUCCCGCUCACGCGUGCCACUUACGCGUUGCGCAUCCUUUCACACCUAGUUUCCUAUGCCAACUCCUGUGUCAACCCCAUCGUUUACGCUCUGGUCUCCAAGCAUUUCCGUAAAGGUUUCCGCAAAAUCUGCGCGGGCCUGCUGCGCCCUGCCCCGAGGCGAGCUUCGGGCCGAGUGAGCAUCCUGGCGCCUGGGAACCAUAGUGGCAGCAUGCUGGAACAGGAAUCCACAGACCUGACACAGGUGAGCGAGGCAGCCGGGCCCCUUGUCCCACCACCCGCACUUCCCAACUGCACAGCCUCGAGUAGAACCCUGGAUCCGGCUUGUUAAAGGACCAAAGGGCAUCUAACAGCUUCUAGACAGUGUGGCCCGAGGAUCCCUGGGGGUUAUGCUUGAACGUUACAGGGUUGAGGCUAAAGACUGAGGAUUGAUUGUAGGGAACCUCCAGUUAUUAAACGGUGCGGAUUGCUAGAGGGUGGCAUAGUCCUUCAAUCCUGGCACCCGAAAAGCAGAUGCAGGAGCAGGAGCAGGAGCAAAGCCAGCCAUGGAGUUUGAGGCCUGCUUGAACUACCUGAGAUCCAAUAAUAAAACAUUUCAUAUGCUGUGA